UCACUUCCUCUAUUUCCACCCUCCAAAUGUCUCCUUCGACGCGUGGACGUUAUAACGCCCUUUACGUUGGAGGAGGAUUAUGUCGAGUACGCGGUUGAUUUCGUUGCCGCGCCGACCAGCGGCUCUCGGAAACGGCGACAAGGUGUGUACCAACACCAGCAGGGUGAAGAAGCAUAUCUAACAAGUCUCCUGGGGAUGAAAGGUAUGCUGGAUGAUAGCCAGGUUACUUUCCAAGCCGAACUCACCAGGAUCCAAAAAUUACUCAACUCAAGAAGUCCUUUAUUGCGAGCUACACGAAACUACAUGGCAGAGAUAGUAGGAAAAAGAAAAAGCAAAAUUUGCGGAGAAAUCAGUGCCAUCUUGGAGAGAAUUUCAUCAUUUCUGGAAGCCAUAAAAGAUGGCUCACUACUCCCGAUGACAAAGGGAUAUAAAGCUCUCCAGAAAAACUUUGACAAUCUUCUUCGAGACAUUUCGCAAAUCUCCGUUCUCCAUGACCUUGCCUCAAAGUGCUACUCGAAAGGACUCAUUACUCUGGCUGAAAGACGAGCAGCAUUUGCUACUGGAGGAGACCUUUUCACGCAAGCCCACGAUUUCCUUGACCUUAUAUGCUCCAGGGUCAAACGCGAUGGUAAGAAGUACGACACAUUCCUGAGCAUCCUCAGGAGUGAACCAGCCUACGAGAACCUGGUGGUGUUGGCUGGUGGAAUAUGAAUGAUUUUCUUUGGUGAACCAUAGACUCUGUAUUUUUUCAUUUUUAGCUCACACACUCCCACACACGUUUUGAUACCCUCAUAAUUUGAUAAUGUGUUGUCCACAUACAUCCUAAUCUGCGUUUUGUAAAUAAUAAUAGUGAUGCAAUCGGUGUUUCCGCGCAUGCGCAUAAGGGAAUAUUCAAAGGAGAAAGCGGGAAUGGCGCGAAAAGAUCUCGAGAUGGCUGAUAAGUUACCGCAAGACUUGAGCUCCCUGAAGAGGCCAGCUCUGCAGAAACUGUGCAAGAGGCUGGGACUCAAAGCCAACGGGAAGAACGUUGAGAUGGUUCGUUUACUAGAGGAAUACAGAGAGAAGAACGAAGUAGAACCAGUCGUUGGAGAAAACAGUGAGCCUCAAGUGGCUGAUGUGGAGAGACGACUGGAAGAAAGAGGAGAGGAGAGAGAGGAGGAAGUGGGAGGGGAAGAAGAGGGGGAAGAAGUAGGGAAUGUAGGGGGGAGGUGUGAAAUGGAAAAAGACGUGACUUUACCGGCAAGCUCUGUGCCAACUGAGACAGUUCAUGAAGAAGAAACGGCAGCUCAAAACGAAAAAGAAGAGGAGAAUGAGACUAGAAGUGAAGCUGAGGACUGUGAAAUGGAAGAAGACGUCCCUUUGGCAAAGUCUGACACUCUUUACGAAGGAGACAGAGGGAUAGCAAAAUCUGUGAGAGUUUGUGACCGUCGCCUCACCUAUUCCAUAUCUCCAGAGCCAUCUGCCACCCUCUCCCGUCUCCCUGGCAACGACCCCGUACUCUCCCCUCCGGACAAUGUGGUUGCCACGCCGACCAGCGGCUCUCGGAAGCGGCGACGGACUCACUCCAUCUCUCCGUCGUCGAGUCUUCUUCAGUCCGGGACCAUCUCUCUGGAUACUGCUACUGCCUCAGUGGGCACUGCCCCUCUGGCUCUGGGAGAGAUCAGUUCUGAGGAAAAAAUGUGUGGAGGUGGGUCAGCGACAGACCAAAUAAUGGCUCUACUAGACCAGAGAGUUGCUGACAGAAAGGCAGAGCCGGGCUACGUGGCACCCUCGACAUCAGUCUCCUCGCUGAUAGAGACACACAGACAGGCCGGCAGUUUAAUCCCUUUCGCCAAGACCACAGAGAAGGCAAACAGAGCCCACGAGAGACUCUUCAGCAAAAUGCCAUCAAUCUUGGAGUACAGCGAUAAGAAGAGGCGGAGGAGGGUAGCAGCUCAGACCAGUGCCACUCCUGGUCCUCCUGCCAAGAGACAGAAGGUGGCUGCCAAGACCCCGAGGACUCCUUAUGAGCCACUGAGAAAGAGUGUAAAACCUUCCACCAACCCAAAAGUACGGAUGUCUGGAGUAAGGGGUUCUGGCUCAGUCUCUGCCAUGAAACCCAGUGCAAAACCAAACUUCAAUUUCUCAAAGACUUCUACUGGCCGGCCAGAGAAACCUGCAGCAGUAGCAGCUACACAUGCCAUUGCUAGCACAAAGACCAAUGAAAAGAGGAAGCUACCUCAAUUCGAGUGGUCCAUCUACUAGACAUUAUUGGACGGGUUUUUCGGAACUAGUAUCAUUUAUUCACGCUACAUAAUAUAAUUAUACACAUAUAUACAUAACCCAAUCACCCAAGACUUGCUGUUCAUGUACAUUAUUGUCUCGCAUAAUUUAUCAUAAUUAUACGUAUUUCACGUUUUCCCCAUUUUUUGUGGUUUGUCUUACUUUAAACACAAUGUCUCUUGCUUUUGUAUACAAUGUUACGGUAUACAUAAAAUUGGUGUUGAACUACCAAGAGAUGACGUAUACACUAUAAUUAUACUAUAUAAAACUCAAUAUUGCGAUCAAAACAAUUAUGGCAAAAUAUUGGCCCAUAUUGGAAUUAUAACAAACACAAAAAAAAGUCGACGCUACCUACUAUAACACACAGACAAUGAUGAAUAUAUGGGCAUGAUGUUGUUGUGUGCAGUGGGGGGUGGGGUACAGGACAGAAGAAAUCAGACAGACUGCAGCUCCGGAGGCAGAGGGCUCUUGGGAUGUUUGCUCUCAAAGUGCUGUUUGUAGGUCUUUGGGUCCGGCAUCUGAGAUCGACAAACUGGGCAGGUGUAGAUGAGGGCCUUCUGUGCUGAGGCUUUCUGGUCUGAGCCCUGCGCCUUCUUCAUCUUCGCCUGCUUCUCGGCGUUCUUUUUCUGACUCUGGAUCUUCUGGUGCCCUCUCGCCAUCUCGCUACAGUAGAGAACGCCUUUCUCAAUUCUUUUAGGGUAAGUGCGCUUUA